UCCCAGGUUGCUGUGCGAUGCCUUGAAUGCAUGUGUAUAUAUUUAUCAUGGCGUCCGUUUUGCUGUGUGAUAUGUUCUGAUCGCACCCCUGGCAUGCUAAACUUGGUAGCUUACAUGUCCCUGAAGGUAACCUCUUUCACAAAUCACAGUGUUUAAUUAAAUUUAUUUGCGAUAUGCUCAAGGUAUCAUUUUAGGAGAUUUCUGUAUGCUGUAAGCGAAAUUUGGGCCUAAGCAGAAAGUGUUCACUCAAGUUUAAAACGAAUGAUAAAUGAAGCAUGUCUUCAACUGAUGAAUCAAAGCAACCAGUGAAGCAAGAAGGAGAAAGGUCUGUUCCGUCAGCAGAUAAAGCUGCUGGAGUCAAUACAACCCAGUCAAUGCCAUCAACAACGACUUCUGGCCCCAAAGAUGCAAAGAAACCAAACUAUUCCUUGAAAUACACCCUAGCUGGCCAUACCAAGGCUGUUUCUUCAGUAAAGUUCAGUCCAAAUGGGGACUGGCUGGCAUCCUCUUCUGCUGAUAAAUUGAUAAAGAUUUGGGGUGCCUAUGAUGGGAAGUUUGAAAAGACAAUUGCUGGCCACAAAUUGGGUAUCUCUGAUGUUUCAUGGUCGUCAGACUCAAAACUGCUUGUCUCAGCAUCCGAUGACAAAACCCUCAAAAUCUGGGACCUCACUAGUGGUCGUUGCAUGAAAACACUGAAGGGCCAUAGCAACUACGUGUUUUGCUGCAAUUUUAAUCCGCAAUCCAAUCUCAUUGUAUCCGGAUCUUUUGACGAAAGCGUCCGCAUUUGGGAUGUUAAAACGGGAAAAUGUCUGAAGACAUUACCAGCACAUUCAGAUCCAGUGUCGGCUGUUGAUUUUAAUCGUGAUGGUGCACUCAUUGUGUCGAGCAGCUACGAUGGAUUGUGCCGAAUUUGGGAUACUGCAUCAGGCCAGUGUCUGAAGACUCUGAUUGAUGACGAAAACCCACCUGUAUCUUUCGUUAGAUUUUCACCGAAUGGAAAAUAUAUUUUGGCUGCUACAUUAGAUAACACACUGAAGCUAUGGGAUUACAGCAAAGGAAAGUGUUUGAAAACGUACACGGGUCAUAAAAAUGAGAAGUACUGUAUAUUUGCGAAUUUCUCAGUUACUGGAGGAAAGUGGAUUGUGUCCGGUUCUGAGGACAAUAUGGUCUACAUAUGGAAUCUUCAGACAAAAGAAGUUGUGCAGAAGUUGGAAGGUCAUGAAGAUGUUGUCCUUUGCAGUGCAUGUCACCCCUCUGAGAACAUCAUCGCGUCAGGGGCUCUUGAAAACGACAAAACAAUCAAAAUAUGGAAGUCAGAUACCUGACGACUCUUCUCAUACAUUCACGAUACCUGAACAUAAUGCUAAACCUAAGGUGUUUGAGCUUAAAAGCAAAGGUAGACGAUGCUAUGCGAUGGCUUGGUUUUUGAUUAUGCUGUCAUCUGCGAUGAAACUAGAGACAUAUGAACUGGGUUAUGAAUACGAAACGUUUUCUAUCUAUGACUGCAGAUCAAUGACGUAGUUUGUGCCUCCUGUAGACGCUUAUUUUAUUGCAUUCAGGUGAACACCUUUGUUAGAAGUUUUUGCUCACCAUUUUUGGCCUCUACUAACUGAUCGUCUUGGUAGGAUCAACAAUGAUAACGUAAGCGUUUUUUUGCACGACUGAAGUUAUCAAGAUCUGUUUUACUCCAAACAAUAGACUCAGAUUUCAUAUUCUCAGUUAGAUCCCUUUGCAAGAGAAGUUGUAAUUGCGUCUUUUUACUAGCUCAGAUAGUGGAUAAAUUUUCCAUCUGCUUUUCAAAGAAUGUAUGCUCUACCUUCACUUUGAACUACCCCCUCUACCAUUUCCACAUGUGUCUUCAAUAUAUAAUGUUUUCAUAACUAGUAUCUAGUAGAGAUUUUUGCGUUUGUAUAAUAAUCCGUUUGUUACAAACUCGUCGUAUUUCCAAUACGCAGGCCAAUAAUCUUUCAUUAUUGUUA